AUGCCUGGCCACAAGCUCGACGAAGAAUAUGUUCAAAAUAGCUUUCACACUUAUCUCAAGUCAUCUCUCACACAAGCAAAAGUAGAGAAACUGAUAGAGGAUGAAAUUUUAGCAUCCGCACAAGCAGAUCUCAUGAUUACUGGUCCAGCAUUAUGCUUGUAUUUUGCUGCUCUUAGAUGUACAACAAACCCACCAUCUGUGCCACUUCCUCGUGCUACAAAGUCCGCACCGCCUCUCGAGCUCUCGUCAGAUAAUUGCCCACCGGCAUUUCUCGGCUUUCUAGCUGUCUGGGCAGCUACGGUGCCACGAAUUCAGGGCCUUAUCCCUCAAGACCAGCAUGAUCUUGCUCGUAUUAUCUGUAACCUCCAACCUAUUGCUAUUCCUCCAAAUCCUGAGUGCGCCGGCAUCGCUGCCGAUCUACGUGCUGUGGCAAUUGAAAUCAGUCAGAGACGUACCUUUCAGGAUAGAUAUGCAAGCGAUCUACAGGCUGCCUUAGAUGCAGGCUCAUCAGGCAGUGGUCUGAAGGUCAAGACGAGCUUUGUACCACCACCUGUAUAUUCAGAUCAGCUUGCACCGGAAUCGUCCGGAUAUGGGCCAAAGAAGCUCUCUUCUUCUCCUCUGUCUCCAUCAUCCGUUCUGUCCGCAUUUCCCUCGCGCACGCCUUCUCCUACAAUACUCACCCAAGAUACCCCUGAAAUCGACUUCAUCCGCGAGACACUUUACUCCGCGCUUGCAGUCGUAUUAGAGCACAUUACAGCUUCCCGGGAUCACGGCCCGCACCCUCUCGCGCGACUCUUCAAAUAUGAUCCUCCACGUGCCCAUUUUGCUGCCGUCAGCCUUGCCAUUCUUGAGGUGGCCACGAUGCAGGGAAUCAUUAUCCCCGAUCAAAAUGCGAUCAUGUGUGUCAGUGCACGAGAGCCCAGAGGGCACAAGCUCACGCCAGAUACGUGUCCAGAGCCACUUCGGCCGUUCAUGAUGGAGCUCAUUGCCAUUGGGCGAGACGCGCAGGUGAUGCAGGACGAAGACAACGAAGAGACCAUCAAAGCUAUCGAGAGAGGUGAUGGGGAUAUACCAGAACCUAGGUUUGAGCGCGUGCAGGCCAUCAUCAUCGAUGGUGUACGAGUUGAUGGAGGUACUGCGGGGAGGUGCAGAGCGCGUAAAAGGAGCGUGGAGGGACGGGUUGUGACCUUUGCUAACAGGGUGAAUGCCCUUGGGCUGUCGAUCAGUAGGAUCAAGGCAUUUAGAGACAGGGAGAAGGAAGUAUUCGAUGUGUUAGGGCCACGCCCGUAAAGUUUUGGAUGAUACCUAGUUUGGCUGAUGAUAGUGCAUGGAUGCAAAGGUGAUCACGGACUUACUUUACUAAUGCCAGUACUCUGCUGUAUUUGAUACCAUAUUGAUU